AUGGAAGUGUUACAAUAAGAAGACAAUCAAUUCAGAUACAAACUCAUGAAUGUAUUCUUUCAAUAUAUAAAAAAUGCCUUGUUCAUUCUUUUAAUUGGAUAUGAAGGAAUAAAAUUACUAAACAUUGAUCAUGAUUGUUAAUUAUCAGAGAUUACUUAUAUUAGUACAUUGUACCAUGGAGGAAUCAUUUUAUUACUCUUUAACAUUGUUUCCGCCUGUUAUAUACUAUAUUAAAAGCACUUUGUUAGAAUUGAAUACUUUAUUACUUAUGGAUUAAAUAUUUUGGUUUUUGUGUGUAUGUUACUAUUUUCCUUGCAAUAAAUGAUAUAGGGAAGGUGCAGUAUUGGAUAAUUAUCAGUGAAAUACUACAUAAUACUAUCUAUAAUCACUCAGUUAGACGUGUUAUUAAUUAUGAUGUUCAAACAUGAAUUCUCAAACAGACAAACCAAUAUAUGUUCAAAUACUGCUGUUGUGAUCCUCUUAUUAACGACUAGGAUUGAUAAUGAUUGUGCAGUCAAUGCAAUAUCAUUGGAAAUUCAACUAAUCUCUGCUAAUAUUUUGACAUUACUCUUUUUCACUGUUCUCAACGUAGCAAUUAAUCUAUUUCCAAAAUUAAGAGAAUAAUUAACAAAUGCAUUUAAGUUUGUUUGUGUCUUGGUUCUGUGUUUUCUGAUCUUAAAUUAUCUAUUAAUAGUGUACUUUGUUCAAUCAGGUGAUAUCAAAGAGAAUUAGGAGUGCAUGCCUCUUGAUUUCAUUACUAGAACAUAUUGCUUUUUGGCACCUGUCAACUUAAUUGGAAUGAUACCAAUUUUAGCAUCUUUCAAAUUUGAAACAAUUGAUGAAGAAGAGGAUGUUCCUUAAUAAGUUGAGAUUGUUUCUCCAUCUAGAGGAUUGCCAAUCCAAAAUUCACCCUCUCCUUUUUAACAAUCAAAGUUAUCAAUGAAUAAUAACACUACACCUUAUAAGAUUAUAGUCAACAAUAAUAACCAACUUUCACCUGAUGAGUUAUUUUUUGUAGGGAAAUAAUAAUAAUAAUAAUAACAAUAACAAUAACAAUAACAAUGA